AUGGCCUUCCUCGACGCGGCGCUGAAUCCCACCGCCUUGGCAGCCCUCACGGAGCACUUCCUGGAGGCGACCAUUUGGCACUCUCCGCAAGUUGGAGGGUCUUACCUGAAAGCUCACUUGCUGGAUGGCCUGCAUGCGGAGCUUCUUCUUCAGCUAGGAGCUGAACUGGCACAUCGGAUGCCUUCCGCACUUGGUCCACACAGGUUGGGCAGCAUUUACGCGCACAAGUACGAUGUGGAAUGGCCACAGCCUGGACUGGGCGUUCAUUCACUGCCGGCCAAAGUUGCCCUGUGCUUGUGGACCACUCCAAUGGCUGCAAGCCUUAACAAGCAAGGGAAUGGCCUGGAGAUCUUUAAUGCAACGGCUGAAGGAUUGACGGGUGUUGCGAGAUAUGCUUGGAGCCCUCGGCUUGAGGACGAUUGGCCAAAGCAGGAACGUAUUCUGGCGCAGAAUUCCAAAUCGAGUGUGGUUCCGUACAAAACGAACCGCUUAGUGCUAUGGCGCGGCGAGCGCUUCUUCAAGACGGAUUGGACCUCCCAAAGCUGGCGAGGAGGUUACAAACACCGACGCAUCGACCUGUGGUUUCUUUACGGGGACCCCAGCUGA